CCUCUGAUUAUAAUGAACAAAGUGAAAAUUUUAAAGUUAAAUUUUAACCUGCAAUAUGCACUUUAAAGCAACGGAGGACCCUGCAAGUCAAAAAAUGACGCUAAGGGGUACCUUGAGCGUCAAAAAGCGACGCCAAGUGGUCCUGACCAAGCUUCAGUAUGUGACGAGUUGGGUGUGAGAAUGGGUUGGUUCAUCAGGGUGCAGGCAACACGCACUGCUCACAUGUGCUUUCUCCAUGGGGUGUUUCACCGCGACAUCAAGCUGGACAACCUGCUGAUCAAUCCAGAAUCCCUUCAAGUCAAACUGAUUGACUUUGGAUGCGGGGAUCUGCUGCGUGAAUCUGGCUAUGACAUCUUCUAUGAAUGCUGUCAUCUGAUUCGAUCCCUCCUGCAGCAGGACCCAAGUCGGAGAAAAAUCCUUUUCCACAGAUGGUUUAAUGUACAGAGCCUAAAAUCAUUUACUAAUGAUUUUGAAGAUAUACUCACACUUUAAAGAUGUUUACUCCUUAUUUUUUAUGAAUUUUUUAUGAUAUCUGAAUUCAAAA